AUGGUAGGAAUUGGUCUCAAUUGGUGGCAAGCGAUCGUUGUGAUUUUCGUAUCCCAAAUGAUUUCCUCCGUUGCGAUGGCCUUCAAUUCACGCGCAGCGAGCGUGUACAGUAUUGGAUUCCCCUGCGUGGCUAGAAGCGUGUUCGGGAUGUGGGGAAGCUACUAUUUCGUGGGCGCACGAGCAGUUUUAGCGGUCAUUUGGUAUUCAGUGCAAAUGUACUACGGCGGAGAGUAUAUGUACAACAUGCUCCGGGCUAUAUUCGGACAUAAUUUCGUCAAUAUCCCAAAUCAUAUUCCCGCCAGCGCCGGGAUCACUACCAACCUCAUGCUGGCAUUUUUCCUCAGCUGGCUUGUGCACCUCCCAUUUUGCUACUUCCGACCAUAUCAACUUCGACAAUUCUUCUGGUUCAAGACUAUCGUCUCCUUGCCUGCGAUGUUUGGUCUGUUUAUUUGGGCGAUGGUGAACACGAAUGGUCAUAUUGGAACUAUAUACACUGCUAGCUCGAGGUCGUCUAGUGCGACAGCUUGGUUGAUUCUUUCUGGAAUUAACAGUGGAAUGGGAAACACUGCUACUCUGAUCACCAAUCAGCCCGAUUAUGCUCGUUGGGCGAAGUCGCGCGGCGCACCUAUUUGGACACAGCUGAUUGUCAAUCCAAUUGCUGUGACGAUUUCAGCUACUGUUGGUAUUCUUGCAACCAGUGCCGUGAAUCUCAAGUAUGGCACUGAUAUCUGGAACCAAUGGGAUAUGAUGAACUUGAUCCUGGAUAACUACUGGACUUCCAAAGCUAGAUUUGCUGUUUUCCUAUGCGCCUUCGCAUGGUUCGUUCAGAUCCUGGGAACCAACAUUGCGGCCAAUAUGAUGUCUUUCGGUGCAGAUUCAUCAAUGCUCUUCCCCUCUUUCAUCAACAUUCGUCGCGGUCAAUUCAUUGUCGAGUUUCUCGCUUGGGCUGCGGUUCCUUGGAAGAUUGUUGCCUCUGCCGCCAAAUUCGAGACUUUCCUCAGUGGAUAUGGUCUUUUCAUGGCUAGCGUUGUGGCGAUCAUGGUUUGCGACUACUUCCUUCUUACAAAGGGUAACAUCACCAUUGGAUCUCUCUACAUCCCAACAAAAGCCAAUAAGAACUAUUGGUACCACGGAGGAGUCAACAUUCAAGCCGUUAUAGCCUACUGUAUAGGAAUUGCUCUCCCAUUCCCCGGAUUCUGCGGUCAACUUGGUGCCUCCGUAUCCACAUCUGCAGCACACAUCAUGGAUAUCGCCUGGUUGACCGCAUUCAUAACCUCCUUCGUCUCCUACUACGUCAUAUGCAAGAUCUGGCCAACAGAGAGCCAGCUAGAGAUUAAAGAGAAAGGGCUUGCAUGGGAGCAACUGGGCAUCGACAGAGAGUAUUACGAUUCGACGAGUCCUCACGAUGAAGAGUAUACGAGUGGAGCGACAGAGAAGAAUUUCUCCAAGGCAUUCUCCGAUAAGAAUUGA